AUGGCCGACGGCCUCUCCGAUCAAAAGAUCGCGGAAUGGGAGGAGACGCUCGAGCCGUACGCGCUGGACCCGUGCGUGGCGCACUGGGAGGAGACGCUCGAGGCCGCGACGGACCGCACGGACUUGGACGCCGCCGAGGCGGCGCUCGAGGGCCGGCCGCGCGCGGCGUCCGGCGAGGACCCCGCGGGUUCCGCGGGCUCCGCGGCGUCCGGCGCCGGGGCCGCGCCGGCCGAGGGCCGGCGGCGCCCGCGGCCCGACGGCGAGGAGCGGGGCGCGGCGAAGCGGCCGCGCGCCGAGGAGGGCGGCGGCGCCGCGGGCCGCGCGCGGCGCGCCGCCGCGCCCGCCGCCGCCUUGGCGAAGGCGGCGCCCGCGCGGCGGCCGCACGCGCUCGGCGACCUGAACCGGGACGUGGACCCGGCCCUGCUGAGCGAGGAGAACGCGUCGCGCAUCGUGCUCGGCAUGGCCGCGCUCCUCGAGUUCAUGAUGGAGGAGCGCGCGGGCGACGGCGGCAGACGCGCGCCGUCGCAGCUCGCGGUCUUCGCGUGCGGCGACGGCGGCGCGCGGCCGACGCUCACGAACCUCCACGCCUUCCUCAACGACAUGGCCCGCCUCUGCCACUACACGCUCGAGUGCAACGUCGUCGCGCUCAUCCUCCUCAUCCGCUUCUUUAGCUACCAGAAGAACCUGCGGCUCGCGCCCGCGACGUGGCGCCGCUACCUCCUCUGCGCGCUGAUGAUCGCCCAGAAGUUCUGGGACGACCGCUGCCUGCGCAACAUCGACUUCACCAUCGCCUGGCGCUGCGUGCUGCCCGACGCGGGGCAGGUCGACCUACGGGACGUCAACCUCAUGGAGCGCCACUUCCUCGCGGGCCUCGGCUACGACCUCUACAUCCAGCCCGCCAAGUACUCCGCCUGCCUCAGCGAGGUCCUGAGCAUCGUCGUCGACGAGGCCGACCCGCCGCCCGCGGCGCCGCCGCCGACCGCGCCGCCGCCCGCGGCGCCGCCGCCCGGGAAGCCGUAA